CGGGGCAGUUCGGUUGGAAAUGCGGAGACCGUAGGUGCCUGUUGUCCAGCCGAAGCUGGAGUCUUGGAGCCCCAAUUCAGAUCCCCUCGUCGUCGAAGUUGUUGUGUGUAUUGUCACGCAAUUCAGUUCCAUGCACUCACGGCUUCAAUUGCUGCGCGUGUGGUGUGUGGAGUGGCGAAUAUUCUGUGCUGGAUUGUUGGGCUUGGGCGCGGGAUGAUCGGUAGGUGGUGCUAGACGUGCUGAUUGAUUGCUGGGGGCGGGUAUGAAAUCCUUGAAUUAGGGUUUUAGGGUGUAGCAGCAGCAGCAGUCGCCAUGGAACGCAAGGCGGUGACGAGGACGGUACCACCACCGCCUGAAGGGUCGAACAAGAAGGUGCAGCCACCGGGACCAGCUGCAACGCCUCUGACAUUGUCUGCGGAAGCUUACACCCACGGGGGUGUGAAAAAGACCAAAUUCGAACCUAAAGUGCCGGCGCGGCGAUUGAAGAAGUUGUCCGAGAAGGUGAAGAGUGAGCCUAGGGAAGGGGAAGGUGGCGGAGAGAUCCCCAAGGAGUUGCAGAGGUUGUUGCAGCAGGCGGAGAAUGAUGGCCGGGGCACGUUUCGCCCGAACCAGCGAACCUCGAAGGUCGCCUUUGGGUUCGGUGGGUUUUCUUCGCGGAGCUCUCUAUCAUCUGCCGGGUUUCAACACAGGAGUAGUAGUGGUGGCGGUAAAGGAGGAGGUGGUGGAGGAGGAGGAGGUGGUGGAGGUGGUGGAGGUGGUGGAGGAGGAGGAGGUGGUGGUGGUGGUGGAGGAGGUGGUAGCAGUGGUGGUGGUGGUGGUGGAGCUAGCCGAGGUGUGGAGAAGCACGAGUUUCUGCAUGCGGAUGGGAUUGGCGGGGAUUCGAAGAGAGGAGUACGAAAGAACGUCGAGGUUUUCGAUCUUGAAAGGUAUUUUCCUGUGACGUUGCCGCUGCGGAGGCCAUUCGCCGGAGACUCACAAGUAUUGGACGAAGAGGAGUUUGGAGAAGAUGAUGAAGUGCCAGAGGAAGAUGAAGAGGACGUGACGGAGGCUGCGAAGGAGUUAGGGCUCACGGAGAAGCAGGAAGGAGAUCAGCUGUUCUUUUUCCAGCUUCCCAAGGGACUGCCGGUUUCCUUAAACGCUAGUGGAAAGAAGGAGGCGGCGGGGUCAGCGAAACUAGAGGACUUGGGUAAAGCAGGGGCUAUGGGCAAGCUUUUGAUUUAUGAAAGCGGCGCGGUGAAAUUCAAGGUCGGAGAUGUCAUAUUUGAUGCGUUGCCCGGAACUGAAGUCACAUUUGCUCAGGAAUUGGCUGCUGUGAACAUAACGACGAAGCAUUGUGGAUUUCUUGGGGAAGUGUAUAAGCGCGUUGUUCUCACGCCCGACAUCAGCAAUGUGUUGCCGGACAUGACAGAUUUGAACACUGGUCCAUAAAUCGUAGCCCCAUGGAUUGUGAAGUUCCACUUGUUACCCAUCUCCCUUCACUCAUAAUUUGUUCUCUGUUGCUCGUGUUUGGAUCAUACCUUUGUUCAGAUUCUACCCUGACCAUUCGCCUGUUGCCUACUUUCGGGUUUGAUUUGUGUUGCUUUCUCGCCUUCAUACUUCACUUUGCCUUGCGAUUUCCCUCUUCCCUUUCCUCUCUGACUUUGCCCCGAUGCUGUCCUCCUGGAAUCUAGUUCAUUGAUUCUCCUCGAAUCUAGUUUACUGAUUCUCCUCGAAUCUAGUUUACUGAUUCUCCUCGCUAUUCUGAUUAUCUUGUUUUUGCUGGAUUCUCCACCCAGCUUCAGUUUCCCUUAGUUUCUCAGCUCACUCUUGCACAGCACUCACUCCUUGUUCUGACUUCUUCACGCCGCGCUUCUGGUUUAGUUUACUUGUUCGUGUUCAUUUUUUGUUUGUGACUCCGGCUCCCUUCUCACCUCCUUUGUUUAGCUUCUUUUGAGCGAAUACCCUCACUGAAGCGUGUUCUGGAGGAAAUCUCAGCCUACUUCCGUGUCAUGCGGGCUUAGGGGAAUGUAUUAUUCCCAUGGCCUUGAGAAGAUGGCUGGGAUACGUUUUCGUGCCCAUACCUUGUACUUUAUCGGAAAGGGGUAUGUGCUUCUUCGCUGUGCCCUCGGGAAGCCAAGGCUAUUUGUUACAAUAGGGUUCAUUCCGUCAUAGCUCAGAGCUCCCCGCUCCGCCCUACCUGCUCCCUGAUUGCCAAUUCCCGUGUGUCGUAAAGAGUCGUCGCAUUGUCGUGGGAGGCUGUGUUGCCCAUGGGCAUCAUUUCUGCCAUGAUUUUUGUCAUGCGGACGUCGCAGUACGUGAUCUACACGUCCAUCUAUGGCAAGCCAAAACAUCCUAGACACGAUGCAUGAGACCAAGCGAUGGACGUCAGGGAUGCUCGACUGAAAGAGGAGUAUGAAAAAUCUCAAGUGAGCGUUCGUUUCGUCUUUCCUGUCAUGGCAUUGUUCCUAGAUUGUUUUUUCAGAUGUGCUUGUGGUUGGAGGUUUUACCCUUCAGUUUGACUAUUUUAUGACAAAUCCAUUCCGUGUUGGGAUUUGUUAUUUCUUGUUUUAUUGAAGAAGAACGCCACUGGUCUUUAAUAUGCAAGUCUCUCGCGGAAUCACAAAACUUGAUCUGGAUGUUUCUUUCAGUUUCCGUCAUUUUCAGAUUGAAGGUUUUGGGUGUGCAUUUAAAUCACUUGUUUAUCUGGUCAAAAUGAUACAGAGUUUCUAGGUUUUACCUCUCUCACAUAGAUUAUGUCAUUCUGUGACGUUUGGAGGAUUAGGACGGAGUCCGUUUUUCUUGACGGCUGCGGUGGAAUCAUGAGUCUACGUACAGUAUUUGCACAGCUAGUGCAUCCAACACUGGUUUAAGCUUGUUCAAGUUGCUUAAUACGUUAAAGCGCACUUUGAUGCUGUCAAGCUUCUACAUUUGUUGAACACUGGAAACAGGGGCGGAUUUCUGAGUCAGAAUGAAUCGUUUUGUGGAAAUUUAUACCAUCGAUACCAGGCUUUACUGAAAGUCUUUUUCCCGCGACCAUAAGAUUGACUAUUUAGAGCCCACAUGAGGUUUACAUACCGUCAUGUAGCAUGAUAUUGCUUCUUUUAUCAGUCAAUUAUUACGCAAUAAAGAGGGAUUUUAAUUAUGUUUA